AUGUUUAUCCUCUCAAAAAUUGCAGACUUGGUACGAAUCCCGCCUGAUCAAUUCCAUCGCGAUACAAUAUCGGCAAUCACUCAUCAGUUAAAUAAUAAGUUCGCCAACAAGAUUAUUCCCAAUGUCGGUCUUUGUAUUACGAUUUACGACCUAUUAACCGUCGAAGAAGGCCAAUUGAAGCCGGGCGAUGGAUCUUCCUAUAUUAACGUUACAUUUCGAGCCAUCGUCUUCAAACCGUUUUUAGGUGAAAUAGUAACUGGUUGGAUUUCUAAAUGUACAGCAGAAGGUAUAAAAGUUUCAUUGUUAGGUAUAUUUGACGACAUUUUUAUUCCGCAGAAUAUGUUAUUUGAAGGGUGCUAUUAUACGCCUGAAGAAAGUGCAUGGAUUUGGCCAAUGGAUGAAGAAACAAAACUAUACUUCGAUGUAAAUGAAAAAAUUAGAUUUAGAAUCGAAAGAGAAGUCUUUGUUGACGUGAAGCCUAAAUCACCCAAAGAACGAGAAUUGGAGGAAAGAGCUCAAUUAGAGAAAGAGAUUGAAGGGAAAAAUGAAGAAACUCCUCAGAACGAAAAACCUCCAGCAUAUGCCCUACUAGGUAGUUGUCAAACAGAUGGCAUGGGACUUGUUAGUUGGUGGGAAUGA